AAGUUUAUUAGAGAGGAAAACGAGGCAACUAAAAAGCUAAUUAGACAAAAAAAUCUUCAAGAAACAUUAGAAGUUGAUUCAAAUGGUAGUUUUAGUGCUGAAUCUUCAAGUUUAGAUACAACUGAAAGUGAAGAGUUUGAGGAGCAAAUACUUUGUGAAAGAAAUUAUACCGAAUUAACUAAUUUGGCCAAAGCUGCAAUAAGAUACAAAGUAAGCGAUGCUGCAGCAGCUGCAAUAGCAACAGCUGUAUUAAUUGACUACGGAAUAGUAAGUAAGAGUAAAAAAUCUCAGAUAGUGACAGAAUAUAAGGUAUUUUGUGAAAAAGAACGAGUGGCUAAAUCAAUUGACACUACGCAUCGUCAAAAAGUUUUAGAAAUAAAGGUAAUUGGUGUUGAUAGCAAGAAAGACAAAAAUUCAUUAGUUCAUGUCAUGAAAUACCAAAGCAAUGGGGACCCUUUUUUUUAUCGAACCACCAAUGAUGAACAUCAUCUCACUUUUACUUGUGAAAAUUAUCCAUUCUCUGGAAAUUAUCUCACACAUGUGAUUAUAGAAAAUGGUAAAGGUGGUACUAUGGCUUUAGCAACAUUAAAUGUGCUUUCUGAAUACAACAGUGUUAAAAGUUUAGAAGCGAUUGUUCUUGACAAUACAAGCUCUAACACUGGCGUAAAUAAUGGUUUAGUUGUAAAAUUAGAAAAGCUUUUGAAUCGUAGCAUUCAUUUAGUUGGAUGUUUGCUUCACCAGGGUGAGUUACCUCUUCGUCAUGUUAUAUCUGAAAUAGAUGGACAAACUAAUGAUCCAAAAAAAUACAAAGGUCCUAUUGGUAUACAUAAAUCCCAAAGUGAGCCAACAUGCUUUAGAAAAAAAAGUUUGUUUAGACAGUGGCUUAGUUUACAUGCGUAAAAUUUUUGUUUAUAUUUUAAAGCAAUGACGUAACUUUAAAUGCGUUACUUUCCAAUUCGCUAUGUAAUUUAAUUUUUUUAGCGAGUAUAAAUAAAACAAACUUAAAUGGAAAUAAAACUAGUAUCAAUUGCAUGCAAAGAUCGUUUGCUACUUAUAGAACAUAUAUAAUUUAUUAACUAAAAAAAAAUUA